UGCCGGAGCGCCGAAACCUGCUCCGCCAGUCGGCUCUCGAAGAGGCUCUCGCCCGUCGAUUCCUCGCCAGCUCUCUCGAACCGUUGCCACCCGCCGUCAUGUCUCAGGCCGAGUUUGACAAAGCUGCUGAAGACGUUAAGCACCUCAAGACCAAACCAGCAGAUGAUGAAAUGCUGUUCAUCUACAGUCGUUUCAAACAAGCUACUGUGGGCGACAUAAACACAGAACGACCUGGAAUGUUGGACUUCAAAGGCAAGGCCAAGUGGGAUGCCUGGAAUGAGCUGAAAGGGACGUCCAAGGAGGAUGCCAUGAAGGCUUACGUAGACAAGGUAGAAGAGCUCAAGGAAAAGUAUGGAAUGUAAAAAGGGACUGGAGGCGGAUGCCAGCCAAGCCUUUGAUCCCAUCAGAUGCCUUGUUCUUUUUCAUAUUGCGGUUGAAGUUACGUAGUGACGGUAACCACUUAACCCAGUUCCUCGAGCCGUCCAAGAUAAGGCUUUCCCAGAUGAAGAGCAAAAAAUGGUUACUAACUGUAUUUGUAGGUCCAUUAAAAGUGAAUUUGCUACUCCA